CCAUCAAAUCAAUCAAUCAUCCCUCGCAACCUCAGCCGUCCUACGGACCCCCUCACAUGGGACAAGUCGGCCUGGGCAACGAGAGGAAAACUCUCUUUUGUUCGUUCCGAAACCCAAUUUCGUACUAUCGUUCUUACUUCAUCCUUUGAUUAUCUCAGGGGAUGGUCUUUUACUUUAUCUCCCUCUCUCAUCACUCCAGCGAUAUCUUUCCAGCGGAGCACGGCGUUUCUUGGGAAAGGGAAACCUAUAGAACGGCAGGCGCAUCCGGCGCUGUCGCAGCAUUUUGUUUGCAGACCCAGUCUUUGGUCGCUUCGAUUGCGCCCUGUUGGGGCUGGCUUGGGAGGCAGUCUUUUUUGUUCAACUUCGCUUGCCUGCGUUUGCUCGCUCUUCGUUUCGGGGGCGAUUUCUCGCCCCCGUCGCAACCGUUUAAACCUUUGGGAAACGUCCGAAGCGAUCAGGCUCGGCGACCUUGGUGGAAGGAAAUGGCAGAGCGUUUGUUUGCUCUUUCCCUCUCUCUACUGUAUCUCGUUCCCUUCCUUGGCAAAUUUUCAUGCUCGCAACCAGGAAUCGAAGAAAAGAUAAUUAAUAAUUUCUCUCUCUUACUGAAUUCUCUCGCUGGCAGUGAUGAUCUGCUUACGAUUACUGAUUUGCUUCGACGAAGUUAUCACCGAUCAUUGGCCGUGUGGCUUCCUCAGGCCAUGUCGUUACGUCUAAGUACACACACUCCACCAUGCACGCCGAUCUAUCGAGAUGGCCUAUACCUUCUGCACGUCUUGGCAGGAAUCAAAAUCAAUAAGAACUCAUUGGCUGGUGACGUGCCGUUUGCAUGACGUUCAAUUCAGUUCACCGCUGCUUGUCUUUCUCUCUCUCCCUCGGCAGAUGAUGUCCGCUUUCUUAUUCCUGCGCGGUCGUGGUACCAACCGGUUCCCCAACCCCCGCAGCGUCCCGGAGAUUCGGUAGAUGAGUGGUUGAAUGAUGAUGAACAGACGCGUGCAUCAUCGCCCGAGAUAACACAUACAGCGCAGUACCAUGGAUUCUUCCACCGCGCUGUUCCAUAAUAGCGGUGACACCGUCGAGAUGUGCGGGU